AUGGUUGCCUUGAAUUCUUUCCUCCUUAGCCUACCCUUGGCAUUAUUUCAGAUCCUGGCAUCAGCCACCCCUUUCAGUCAGGAAAAUCACCAUCAACAACCUGUAGGUUGGGUACACCCAGAUAUCGAGGCUGCCGAACGGGAUGGGUUUUUCUUUGAGAACCCAGAGACGGACUGUCGAUUUGUCUCACAGCCAUUUAUUUACAAACAAUUUAAAACACUGGAAACCGACGGCAGCGUGUUGUUCUCAAUGAUUAACAAGGAUGUCCACUUCACUAUCGUGGGCAGCCACCCUGGUGCUGGUGUAUAUCAUGACUUGAUGCACUUUUACGUCAAUGCUUUGAGGCGAGUCGCCAUUGUUGCAGGAACCGAGCAUCCGGAGGCAUUCCGCGUGUAUCCUAAAGCCAUUCACGGGGGCUGCAAUGAGGAGUGGUCUGUGCAGGAAAUGAACUUUCAGGGCAUCUCAAAUGCUGGAACACCUUUUGACAUCAUCAACGUUUGGGUCACUCGCUGGGAUGAAAAGAAGAAACAAAUGGUUGAAAUUCGUACCUACAUUGACGCGAUGAAAGUCACGCAACUCAUUCACGAAAGCGAGGGUUGGUGGAACGGUUCCCGUCAUCUACACCACUAUGAGUGGAUGCCUGGUCCAUAUGGCAUGCCUAACUUGACCGAGCUGUAUGCGCUUAUGCCUGAAGAAGACCGACCAAAGGGACGUGGCCCUGGCGAAGGCCUUACUGGCCAGGUUGUUGGCUACAUGCUUCCUGAAUGGGAGGAAAGCGGAGAAGGCCAUUAUUAG